CGGAUUUCGAGCUUUUACCGAAAAUUUUCGAAAGACCUACCAACUUGAGUUAGUACCAACCGAAUUUGAGUUCAGAAUAGAUAUAGAUGCUUCUUCCAUAAUUUAGGUAAAGGCGGCUUGGGCAAUGGGAGCUCCUCCGUUCGUUUAUCCAAAGGAGGCCGGCCUGCCUCUCGGAGGACCGAAAGCGAAUAAAUUCAUCAUGCUCGAAGUCCACUACAACAACCCGGAAAUGAGGAAAGACUGGGUUGACAGUUCAGGUAUAAUUCUUCACAUAUCCAGCCAGAGACGGAAGUUCGAUGCGGCCAUCAUGGAACUCGGGCUAGAAUAUACGGACAAAAUGGCCAUUCCUGGAAGACAGAAAGCUUUCCCAUUGACCGGCUACUGUAUUCCACAGUGUACGGGCGUGGGUCUCCCAUCAGACGGUAUUGUGGUCUUCGGCAGUCAGUUACACACGCACUUGACUGGAGUGGCGGUUUGGACGAGACACUCGCGUCAAGGGGUAGAGCUGCCCUACCUCAACAAAGACACACACUACUCCACGCAUUUCCAAGAGAUCAGAAUUCUACAUAGACCUGUCAAUGUUCUCCCGGGAGACUAUCUAGAAACGACUUGUAUCUACAACACGGAGGAGAAGGAGAACGCCACUAUCGGAGGGCACGCGAUCACAGACGAGAUGUGUGUCAACUACAUUCACUACUACCCCGCCACACAACUCGAGGUCUGCAAGAGUGCCGUCUCUAACGCUGCUCUAGAAAACUACUUCAAGUUUGAGAAACGUUGGGACAACAUGUCGAUUUCCUACACAGCAUCACCUCGCUCCAAUUACCUCGCCAUCAAACCUUGGACCCACCUGCGAGCCAGCUCCCUGCACGCCCUCUACACUGAGUCUCCGAUAUCCAUGCAGUGUAACAAAUCUGAUGGUAGUAGAUUCCAGGGCGACUGGGAAGGAAUAUCGAUACCAAGGAUCAAGUUACCACUGCCGGCAGAACAAAGGAUUUGCCCUAAUAUGAUAAUUGAAAAAUAAAUAGUUGUUGUUAUUCAUAUACCUACAUAAUUAUGUAAUGUAAACAAGUGUUAGAUUCAUAUUAUUUUUAAGAUUGAGCAACACACAACGCUUUGGAUAUUGGGGUAACUAAAAAAAUAAAGAUAUAAUCCGGCUCUUUAUUUGUGAGGGGUCUUUAAAAUACUUUUCUCGCACGGGGUGAGGCGAGAGAAAGUGUCAGACUAUUACUGACUUAAAACCCCCGUUCAUUCUUCUUCUUUAGGCUGAGGCGCCACCUUCUUGCGCUUGUUCCGCAAGAUUAUCCUGCUAGUCUCGACUCGACUCUCUCUUCAUAACGAUAGUAAAGUAUCGGGAACAUUUUUAAUAAAUAAGUACAGUUUAUUUUAAAAAUAAAUGUUGAAAUUGAAAAUCAAUCCAUUACAUACCUACAGUUAACUCAUUUGAACCAUGUGAAAAUAAAAUAAAUCAUUUUAAAAUUAAGGUUGAUGUUUGUGAUAACAUUAUGAGUGAACAUUGUGAUAAAAAAAUAUUAAUAUUGGCUGUAGUAAACCUAUAAUGUAGAUUAUUAUUAUUAUAUUCUCGUUCAAGUUUGACGUGUACCUAGGUAUGGAUCUUUGCUUACCAUUUUUUCGAUUAAAAUGUGUAUUUAAAUAUUAAAAAAGAAAUGUGACAUAACGCAAUAACACAUAAACCAAUGUACAGUAGAAGUUUGAAAUAAAAACUAAAUAGAG